AUGCUACGUAAAGAGACAGUGGCUGACACAGAUGAAGAAAGAUACAAGCUCUUCACGGCUUUUAUGGCGAAAGAGACCAAGCUCCGGGAGAUUCUCUAUAAUAUUGAACAUGAGCCUGAAAGUAAAGCACUGACUCCGCGAGCUCCUGAUCCUGCUGCUCCCCAACCGCUGUCCAUUCCCAACAAAAUUGAGCCACCUGUUGAGUCAGGACUGAUACCCGUUGCAACAGAGGAUGAAGAUUUCGAUGAUGUUCGCAGUGAGUACAGUUCAGGUGGUCGGCCUCUGCUUGCUAAGCAAGCGCAACGGGACUCGCAGUUCAUGCCUCGUUUAUCAACUCUGUCCUCAGGCGCAGAGUCGAGUCUCCCAAGACCCUUAUCAAUCAUGUCGACAGAUACGCAGAAGCAAGUCUUGGAGCCCCUGACUACGAACCCCCCGCGACUCAUAUACACGCCAUUCCAGUAUACAGAGGGUCCUCAGCGGGGCUCGGAUAACCUCACCUUUUCUCGCCCGGCCUACCAGGCCUAUUCUGAUCUACGACAAGCGGCUAUAAGCGGGCGAGUCAUGUCAAACGCACUGGCACCUACAUCUCGACCGAGGUCAAACACUGCGCUUGCUUCUCCAGCUCGAAACGAGGCAGAUGAAACCUUCCUGGGUUUAAUCCGUCAUAAGAGCGUCGCUUAUUCUAAGCCGGCUGAGCGAAACUCUCCGCCACUUCCAUUGCUGCCAGAAGCUCUUCGCCAUGGCCGGCCGAGGGACCUUGUGGAAGGACUACGCACCAUGGUAUGGACACCCUUGGACAGACAGUCGGAAAGCUCCUGGCACGUCACGACUCGAGAAGAACUCGGAAAGUUCCCUGAUGAUUUGUCGUACAUCAGACGGACCGUAAAUCAAUGGGAAGAAACAGCGCGAGCCAGACGGCAACAGUUGGAACAGGAGCGCGUGGCUCGUCAGGAUGAAUCCGAGCAGCACAUUGAUGAUCUUUUCAAUGGGAAAGAGAUCGGGUAUGCAGACAUCAAUACGUUGGAAGAAGACUUUCGGCAAAUCGAAGCUCGGAUCCAACUAGAGGAGGAACGACACGAAGUAGAUGAUUUCAUGACGCAUUUCUUCAACCCCUUGGAUGCAGGCCUGAAAAAUGAAAUCUCGGCGCUUCGCAAAUCCUACGACUCUGCUCUCAAUCAACUCGACCGUGAUCAACAGGGCAAGGGCUCGCCAAGCGAGCGAGGCAGCCCAUCCGUGACCAUGAAGAUGGUCAACGACAUUCACAAAAAGCUUGAAAUCCGAUUUCAGAAACGUCUGGAAUUGGCCCUUGACUGUGAGCGACGACGGAAGAGGGCUGAGCGACGACCACUUGUGGUCAUGGGUGAUAUAGCUGGUCUGCAAAAGCUGGACGGCGAAUUUGACCAGAUGGAACGGCGAAACAUUUUAGAAGCAUGCAAGGAUCGUGAUGAUCGAGCCAACCGACUCAUGGAUUCCUUCGACGAUGCAAUCUUGAAUGGGCUAGGCAUAAAUCAAACCCUCCUUGACGAGGUUGCCUCGAAAGCAGCCCAGCUAGAUACCACCACCCUCCGAGCCUCCGGUCUACCGCACUCUGAAAUGGAGCAGAUUCUCAAGUCCGCGGCAACCUUUGCGGCGUCCCUCCGCGCCGAUUCGGAGGCCAUCAUCCACAGCGCUGGGGUUGCAGAUAUGGCCCUAAACGAUGCCGACUAUGGAGUUUCAGUUGCCGAAGCGCGAUAUGCCAACUCAGAUCCGGACAUUUUCCACCGGCUGGGUGAUGAGAAGAAAAAAGAGGAUGAGAAAAUCCAGGAUGAACUGAACUCAAAGUUGCAGAGCAUUCAGAAGGGGCCUUUGCAGAUUGAGGCCACGAUUCAACGCCUUCUCCUUGGCUUACACAACGACACACAAGCCGCUGCCCCCAUCUUUCCAGUUCAAAGCUCUUCCCCAACGGGUCCAUCUGCUGAAGUGCCUCUACCUCCCAGUCUCCGCCCUUCGACUACUAGCCCGGUUCUAUCGUCCAGCCCAGCUCCCGUGAGCCAAAACACAAGUGAAGACUUGGAACAUAUCCAGAGGCUUCGCAGAGCGCUAGAGGCAGCCAAGCAGCGCAAUGCUGCUAGGGGUCAUCAUUGA